AUCAGCAAACAACUGUUUUCGCGGAUUUGCACAAAAAAACAUAACAUUCACCGGUAAUAAAGAUAAGGUAUUAACCUGACCUAAAGAUGACCUCUGGCUGACCUUGUUGUCCAAUCUUACCAACCAACCAAUCCAUAAUCAAUAUGGAUUUCGCUGAAGGUUUCCGCAGGUUGAAGCGACUUUUGGAAGUGCAUUCUUCGAUUCGUCGCCUCUUCCUUCUUCUCGUCAUUCUGGUCGUUCUCCUGUGGAUGGCUGGUUACAACCAUUUGCCUUAUUUGAGUCGACGACAUGUCUUUACCCCGGUCGAAUAUUGUCUCGACAGGAAAAUCAGUAAGCAUUUUGAACAUGAAGUUCACGAUAUGAGUACGAACGUAAUGCACAUUCCGAAACGGUACGACGGCGAAAAUUCAUUCCUGCCUUAUGUUGGCAAUGGCUAUAUUGGAUUGGCGAUAAGUGAAGAUGCAGCAAUAAAUGUGAAGGAUGAUAGAGGUAGAACUUUAAAUGUGCCAAUCCCGUUUCGUCCCAGUGUUCAAAUUUCUGUGAUGGAUGAAGACGAACGGCAAGAGGCUUUGGUGUCACAGUUUACUCAGGGUGUGGCCCAUCGAAUCAUGUGCAUAGCACGAGCUGAGGAAGGAUUGCUCGAAAUUUGGAGCAGUUUCUACGCCCAUCGGACCCACCCGUCUGUUCUGGAGCAAAAUAUUACCGUUCUCAACUCCCAUUCGAGACCUGUCCUCGUCCAGUUUGAUCAGUUGGGUUGGAAUAGUGAGCCACAUUUUAAGACGGAACAGAAAAAACUGGCUUUACCGGAUGGUGAGAUUCCUUACAUUAUGGGGGCUGGAAUUGUUACAACGGAAAGGACUCAAAUUAUGGUGGCCGUGGCGUAUAAAAAAGUUCCCAAUGCUGUUCAGGUGUCUCCUCAUGAAACGUUAUCUCUUCGCAUUGUCACAAUAGUCAAUUAUGCUUACAUCGUCAACAAGAAAGAUGUGGAGCGUGUUCGAGCGGAAUUGAUGACAAGGACGGAUGAGCAAUUUCGAGAAACCCUUCGUCAAAGCAGCUCUACCCUCUUCCGUGCUCACCAGGCAGCUUGGAAAGAUUUAUGGAAUUCAGGAUUUUACAUCAGCCCUUCUCGUGCAGAAGAUGCUCUUAAUGGUGACAAAAUUAACGCCACGUUGUACAACGUUCUGUCCCAGGUGCGAGAUCCGCUCCACGAGGUUGGCGUUUCAGCAGGCGAAGUGGCUGAAGCCAAUGCAGUCCUGUCCUACUCGGAAGGAUGUUACACGGGACAUCACACAUUGCAAGCGCCGAGUUUAUGGACGGCAUUGUCAACGGAAAAGGAAAUUCUACGCACUUGUAAUGUAUGGAUUAUUACUUUGGAUAAAAUGGGUUGCCAUAAACUUUUGAGAGCAGGGGCGCCUGGCGUAAUGCAAGGCAUGAUAUUAAGUUUUGGUGCGUUUAAAUUUCGAAACUCGCACCUUGAGUUUAAUACAGAGCCAAAAGACUUGCAUCGAGAUUAUCACUUUCGACGGAUUUUAUACGGUAAUUCAACCCAUCUUAAUGUCAGCGUUGUCGUCGGCGAGGAUAACAAAGCCGUCCUGCAUGUCGCCCUGGAUCGGAAAGAUAAGGACUAUUUCGCCUGCGAUGCGGGCUGUUUAGACCCACCUGUCGAACUAGGCAUUCAAAAACAACAGUUUCCUGUCAAGAUCACUGACCCAAUCACUUCCAUUUUAUACAUUACGUCGGAUCGAAGGCAUGCGGAAGAGCUUCGUGUGUCGAUACAUGUAAAAGAAAUUUUGGAAGCUCCUGCUCAUGAACAUCACGUAAUUUCCAUGCAUCGCCACGGUUCCGGAUACAGCGCCAUGUCCACAAUGUUCUGGGUCUUUCUUUCCCUUCUCAUCGUCCUCUUCCACCUCUUCCUUUUCCAUUUAGUGUACACAGAGUACUUUGGUUCUUCCCCACAAGACAACCGUUAUCGUGCAUCGAGAAAAGUAUCCGAUUUCUAAUUAUCAUCCCAUCCCACACCAUAUCUGCUCCACUGUCUCUGUGAAACUUUCCAUUUACUAUUUUUGUAUACGCUGAUGAAAAAUGAUAUCCGACUUGGUGACGUCUUACCGUCAUGUCAUGUCAUCGAGAUAAUUAUUGUCUGCCACAAUUUAUGAUCUGCUCAUUGAUUUAAAUAAGCUAAAUAUGUAGUUCUGUCCAUAAUAUGUCAUAAAGACAUUGUCAUUAGUAUUUAUUAUUUAAUUAAUUCAUUCAUUAGUUGUCUCGUAGUCAUCCUUAUCCAGACUGAGUGUGCGUGUGUGAAGCGAUAUUUUGAGUAAUAAUUUUGUAGAGGUUGUUUCAGUAAAUUUUAACAUAAUCCUAUUUAGUUAAUGUAAUUAUGUAUGUAUUUAAAUCCGAUCCAGAUCGGUAAUUUUGGGAUGACAUGAAACUAAUUAAUAUUUCACCUUUGAACUUUAACUGACUAGUCAAAAACUUUUACUUUUAAUAGUUUUGAUGAACGUUUACUCUAGUAGAACUAACUUGUAGAAUAGAAAUGUGGGAUAAAAUCGGGGUGCUGGUGCUCGGAUAAUUUUUUUUAAGCUGGCAGGAUUUUUAUACCCUGCAAAAAUGUAUUACCAUUAGAAUUUAUAAUUGUCGAACAAGUGGAGGAAGUUCCAAGUAGAGUUUAGUUAUAAAGUAGUAUUUAGUUUUUGGAAGAUGUGCCUUUUACCAAAAAAUGUACCAAUUUUUUAUUAGGUAGCAAAUAUUGAGUAGCUCUGACAUCCAUAUUGUCUAACCAAACUUGUCUUUUUCAGUAAAAUUAUAAGUAUGGAUGAUAAGCAGUAGAACUUAUUUUUAUAUAAUCUCGUAUCAAAGACACGUACGUGAUGACUUUACAAUGCCCAGUUAUUAGUAAUUAUUACAUAAAUAUUUAGAUUGUUACGCGUAUAUAAUAUUAUAUAGAUUUAGUAGAGGAACAAUCAUUAGAUACCAAUUUUGGCACCUUUUUCAUAAAUUUGUCUUUUACGUAGAUUUACUUACUUUAUUGUACGCCACUGAACUGAAUAUUGACGAUAAUUAAUUAAAUGACGAUAAUUUACUUGAUAAAGUUGAUGAAGAAAGAGAAACAUAGAACAAAAUAAUAAUUAAUUGUAUGAAAGACCGAAUA